GUAACUUCCCCUCAAAAUAUCCCAUAUCUUUUCGUUAGUCCUAUCCUAGAAUUCAUUAUGCACAUAACUUUUUUUUUCUCUGCAGAAAAUCUCAGCUCCAACUCUCUCCAUGGCAGCUACGGUAGCAGCUGCCUCUACUUCACUCUACAGCAACAACAAACUCUCCACUCUCUUUUCUUCAUCCCUCCGCUCCCUUCCUUCAAAACCUACUCAUAAGCAGUUAAAACCCUUCAACCUCAAAACCCAAAGCCUCAAUUCCUUCCCUUUCUCUCUCCAGCUGUCUCUCCCCCGUUUGCACUGUUUUUCAGCUUCUUUUGAUAGCUUCCAAGUUACUGAAGAUGACCAAAGCCCUGGAGAAGAAUACCCAGAAAGUCCAAACGUUGAAGAACCGCCGCAACAAGAGGAAGCUGAAGAAGAGAAGAUUUCAGAGUCUGGUGGUGAAGAAGGAAGGUUGUAUGUUGGGAACUUGCCUUAUUCAAUGACUUCUUCUGAAUUAUCUGAGAUUUUUAAUGAGGCUGGUCGUGUUGCUAAUGUGGAGAUUGUCUAUGAUCGAGUUACGGAUAGAAGCAGGGGAUUUGCCUUUGUUACAAUGGCGAGCGUUGAUGAUGCUAAAGAAGCAAUUAGACUGUUUGAUGGAUCCCAAGUUGGAGGACGGACUGUGAAGGUGAACUUCCCAGAGGUGCCAAGAGGUGGUGAGAGGGAAGUAAUGGGACCAAAGAUACGGAGAGGUUACAAGAGCUUUUUAGACAGCCCUUACAAGAUCUAUGCAGGAAACCUCGGUUGGGGUGUCACCUCCCAAGGUCUCAGAGAUGCUUUCGCUAGUCAACCAGGCCUGAUGAGUGCUAAAGUCAUCUAUGAGAGGGAUACAGGAAGAUCUCGAGGUUUUGGAUUCGUCUCUUUUGAGUCUGCUGAGACUGUUGAGGCUGCCCUAAAUGCAAUGAACGGAGUGGAGGUGGAAGGUCGACCUUUACGAUUGAAUAUGGCCGCGGAUAGAGCUCCCCGUACUCCAUCACCGGAAAUGGAAAGAAACACCAAAGAGAGUCUUGAAAGCAGUGAAUUGCUUUCCAGCGUCACUGCCUGAGAGUUUAGUCAAAGAGAUUAGGUGGUUAAAUAUGGCUUUGCAAACAGGAUCAAGAAAAUUGAGCGGAGAUAUGACCUUUUAUUUCCAAAUUAUGAUUCCACAGUAGUCAUUUGUUUUACUCUGCUCCAGAACUGUUUGCAAAUAUUCCAUAUAAUCAUCGAGCAAGCAAAGGGAGACGAUUCUCUGCUUGUGGUUUUGGAGUAUAUGUGGCGCGAGUUAUACAUAUUAUGGCAAUUGUAAAAGCCAAAUUUCCUGUAGGCUUCCGUUCUCAUUUGAUUGAAUAGUUUAUGAUAUUCAUUGCAGGCCAAAUCCACUUUGGUUCUUUCUUGUCAAGUGGAACAUGUUGAUCAACAUGGUGAUAAUAAAUGCUAGGGUUUAUGAA